AUGGUCACUGAGACGGGACCAUGUUUGGCCACCCGGCAGCCCUUCUGGAAGUCCCACCUGGGAUCUCGUCGUGGGACUCCAGCUCUGGGACCCUGGCCUCCUCGAGAAGGUUUUGCUUCAGUGGACCUCCUAGUGCAAUGGCUCCAAGACCUCCACCUGCGCCGCCGCAUGCGAGUGCCCGAGGAGAUCUACGCCGCCGCGCUGGAGGCGCAAACGAGGGCAGCUGCGGGAGGAGUGCCGGGCUGGCGAGGGGCGCUGCAGCUACUGCAGGUGAUGCAAGACCGGAAGUUGGAAGUGCGCGCUGCGGCAUGCACUGCCGCCAUGCAUGCAUGUUGCAAGCAAGACUUGGAUGAGGUUGAGCCUGCACGUGCUGUCAUGGACUUGUUCCAGCAGAUGUUGAGCUGGUCUGUGAGGCCCUACGAUGGAACUCUUGCUGCGGUAGUCAAAAGCGAAAGCAAACUUGGCACCUGGCCGCAGGCACUUUGGCGUCUGGAGCUGAUUCGUGGUCGUGGAAUCAGCAAGUUGGUGCGAUCCUAUACUGCGGCAGCAGAAGCGUGUGAGGCAUCAGAAGCGUGCGAUUGGGAGAGGUCAAUGCAACUCGUGGAGAUCAGCCAAGAGAGAUCUCGACGUGAAGCCGACAAGUUCUUGGAGAGGACCUUUCCCCCUGCCAUCACGGCGCUCUCCCGGGGUGCUCACUGGCACUUGGCCCUUCACGCCCACCGACGCCUGCAACGCCUGCCACGUGGCGCGAGGAUGACGGUGAAGGCCUAUACUGAACUGAUCCGUGCGUGUGGCCAGGGGCCGAGCUGGAGUGAAGUGUUAGGCCUACUGGACGAGAUGUACUUGGCCAAGCUGUCUCCAAGCCCCGAGACCUUCGAAGCCGUGGCCGAAGCGCUCGCAUCGCGUGGAUCGUGUGGAGACACGUCCGAAGCGUCCGCGUGGAUCGUGCAGUUGGACGAAGAGCUUCAGCUCAACAACCUCCGUCCCACGCCCAGGAUGUCGGAGCUGGCCAUGGAAGCCCGGAGGAGUUUAGGCAUGACUGAGGAGUUUGAGCUCGGAACAGAUCUCAUAGAGGAAUCGUUGAUGACGCAACCCUCCUCCAGUGUGGCCUGUGAGGGCACAGGCCUGUCGGAUGGAGAUUUCGUGGCGCAGGUCCUCUGUGCCUUCGCUCACCAUCUCAGCGGCACGAAGCUCGCCGCCCGCAAUGGUGUGCCGAAGCUCUUGGCCAUCCUCAAGUCCUUAGAGCCCACGGCCGCGGAAACCGCCUUGCUCCGCGUCGCCGAGCAGUUGCUGGACGGGGUCGACGUGCAGGGUGGACGCAGCGCCACAGGUUGGUUGGAUGCUGCAGAGCUCCUGGCUGACGUGGCAUGGCGCUCCGAGCGCUCACUGCCACUGCUGCGGUUCCUGUUGCGGCUCUUGGGGGUCGUCAACGGCCGGGCACCGAAAAACAAGCAUGUCCGUCAUUGCUGUGCCCUGGCGAUUUCCUGA